CAGUCGGCAAUCAACACUUCGAAGAAGUUGUAAGAUAAAACGAUAUGUUGUAAAAUCAUUUGAUAUUUGUUCAGCACGGAGUGUCGAACAUAUUUUUUAUUAAAAACUACAUUAAAUAGUUAUAAAAACAUAUCAAAAUGCGUGAAAUAGUUCAUGUUCAGGCCGGACAAUGUGGAAAUCAAAUUGGAUCCAAGUUCUGGGAGAUAAUAUCAGACGAGCAUGGCGUGGACCCCAACGGCAUCUACAAGGGAGAGAGCGAUCUCCAGCUCGAACGCAUCAAGGUGUAUUACAAUGAGGCGUCCACAGGCAAAUAUGUGCCACGUGCAGUGUUGGUGGACCUGGAGCCAGGCACAAUGGACUCCGUGAGGUCUGGGCCUUACGGUCAGCUGUUUAGACCAGACAACUUCGUGUUUGGGCAGAGCGGAGCUGGUAACAACUGGGCAAAGGGGCAUUACACAGAGGGCGCUGAAUUAGUUGAUGCCGUCAUGGAUGUCAUUCGUAAGGAGGCAGAGGGCUGUGAUUGUUUACAAGGAUUCCAGCUAACCCACUCCUUGGGCGGAGGCACAGGAUCUGGCAUGGGUACUCUGUUGCUCAGCAAGAUCCGGGAAGAGUUCCCUGAUAGGAUCAUGAACACUUUCAGCGUUGUACCGUCACCUAAGGUGAGCGAGGUAGUCCUAGAGCCGUACAACGCGACUCUCUCAGUGCAUCAACUAGUGGAGAAUACAGACAUGUCAUUCUGUAUCGACAACGAAGCUCUCUACAACAUUUGCUUCAGAACGCUGCGACUUGCCAGCCCCAGCUACGGUGACUUGAAUCACUUGAUUUCGCUCACAAUGUCAGGAGUGACAACGUGCCUCCGUUUCCCCGGACAGUUGAACGCCGACUUAAGGAAGCUGGCUGUGAACAUGGUACCGUUCCCUAGGCUGCACUUCUUCAUGCCUGGUUUCGCGCCUCUUACGGCUAGAAAUUCGUUCAACUUCCGUGCACAGACCGUUCCUGAACUAAUGAGUCAGAUGUUUAACUCCCAAAACAUGAUGACGGCGGCGGACCCCCGCCACGGCCGGUACCUCACCGUGGCCACUAUAUUCAGAGGCAGGAUGUCCAUGAAGGAGGUCGAUGAACAAAUAUUGUCGAUACAGAAUAAGAAUUCAAGCUACUUCGUAGAAUGGAUCCCCAACAACUUGAAGGUCGCCGUGUGUGACAUUCCCCCGCGCGGACUGAAGAUGUCAGCCACAUUCGUGGGCAAUAGCACCGCCAUACAGGAGAUCUUCAAACGUAUCUCUGAACAGUUUACUGCCAUGUUCCGUAGAAAGGCUUUCCUCCACUGGUACACGGGCGAGGGCAUGGACGAGAUGGAGUUCACCGAGGCAGCCAGCAAUAUGGCCGACCUUAUUUCCGAGUACCAACAGUAUCAGGAGGCUAACGUUGAUGACGAAGAUAUCUUCGAAGAAGAAGAGGAACAACAAGACGAAUACCAGGCAGAGCCGAGAGAAGUUAAUAACACCAUGGCCAUGAUAUAAGAACCAACACACUUGUAACUCUUCUGGUGUCGGCGUUAGGCGGCGCUGAUUGCUUACCAUCAGGUGAUUACUGCUCGUUAUACCAUUAAAACCCAGUCCUUUCUUCCCCAAAACGCCGGCAACGAACUUGUAACUUCUCUAGUGUCGCGGGUGUAGUUAAUUGCUUACCAUCAGGUGAUUACUGCUCGUUAUACCAUUAAAACCCAGUCCUUUCUUCACCAAAACGCCGGCAACGAACUUGUAACUUCUCUAGUGUCGCGGGUGUAGUUAAUUGCUUACCAUCAGGUAGUUCUGUUCGUUUGCCGGUUUAUUCCGUUUUUACACUUCGAUCCAGCCUUUUAUAUAGAAAUAGCCUGUUUUGUACCCUUAGUAUAAGUUUGUUUUACGUUUAAAGUAAUUGAAACGAGACCUGGGGCCUUAGUCUACUAUUACAAUUGUGUCAGAAUGGUCGAUCAUUGAGCAAUGCGAGAGGGACGGAGCUAUGUAGGUUGUAUAGCUCCGUCUCUCUUGCACUGCCUAAUGGUCGUCCAUUCUGACUCAAUUGUAAUAGCAGACUAAGGCUCCUAAUUGGUUGGUUUAUUCUAGCCGGCCAAUCAGAGCGCCGAAUGCGCUCUCGUUUCGAUUACUUUAAACGUAAAGAAAAUUCAUACUAAAGGUACUGUAUACAUUCCCUUUAAAAAGCUAUACUAGUGCUUCUAGUGUCGCGAAUACCGUCAUUAAAAUAUCAUUAAAAACAACCAAUGUUUUGUAUUUAUUAUUAUAAUUAGAAUAUACAAUUUAGAAAUCAA